AGGGUUUUCGGUGCAAAAAGGAGAGAGCGCUUGAUAUCUUCUUCUUUCUCUUCGUCGCAGCCUCGUAGAAGCAAGAAAAAAAAAAAAAAGAAACAGCAAGGGAAAAGUUUGUAAACGUCGUCGUCGUUUCUCCUCAGAUCUGAGAGAGGGAUAGGGUUUAGGGCGAGAGAGAUGAGCGCCAAGGGAGGAGGAAGGGUUGGGGCCACCAACAAUGGCAAGGGCAGUACUGGGAUUUCGUCCAUACCGGCGGGGUCAAGGAAGCUUGUGCAGACUGUGAAGGAGAUUGUGAAUUCUCCCGACGCGGAGAUCUACGCCAUGCUCAAGGAGUGUAACAUGGACCCUAACGAGGCCGUCAAUCGCCUCCUCUCCCAAGAUCCUUUUCAUGAGGUGAAGAGCAAGCGGGACAAGAAAAAAGAGAAUAAGGAUUCAAUGGAUCCCAGAUCUCGUGGUGCUACUAACACUUCAAACCGUAGUGGUAGGGGUGGUGCAGAUCGUUAUGCUGGACGUGGUGGCUCAAGCCAGUUCAGCUCUAGUGAGUCCAGUUUUUCACAUAGCAAAUCUUCAUACAAGAAGGAAAAUGGAGCACAUGCUUCUGGAGGCUCUUCAUCUUAUGCUUCCGGUACUGCUGGGGAUAACAUAAACUGGCAACAUUCGUCCCAGAGCGACUAUUAUGUCGAUACAGGAAGUAAAAUGUCAGCAGCAGGUUCAGGUGAUGGGAUCUCCUCAUCAUUGCAACCUUCUUCUGGAAUGCAACCCAUCUGGGUGGGUGUUCCUGGACAGCUAUCAAUGGCUGACAUUGUGAAGAUGGGUAAGCCUCAAAAUAGGGCCCCUUCGAUGCCAAAUCCACCUCACCGCAGUGGUGACAAUCAUAAUGGUUUGGUUCCUUCAGCUUCAUUGCAUCAUGAUUUUCACUCAUCAGAAGAUUAUCCUCCCAAGCUAUCACAGAUGAACGCUGAACCGGAAUUUGCUACAACUUAUCCUGUUUCUUCGAAUGAUGAAUGGCCAUCAAUAGAGCGGCCAUCUGCCCCUGGUACGACUGAUGUUUUAGAGGUAGCUGCAGAUGGUGAGUUUUAUACAGAUUCAUCUAAGUCGCAUGUGGACAGAAGUCACCAGCAUUUAAAGUCGAAUUUAGAUGAUGUCCCAAUAGCAGAUGAUGGUCCUGUUGAAUCUUUGGAUGCAAAUCAUGUUAGACCUGCUUCUAUGUCCAGUAGAAGCAUGCAGGAGGAAGAUUCUAGAGAUUCAUCUCUAUAUGAUGAUAAUUUGUAUGGUAAUAUGGGUUCCUACCCGGCUCAGAGGAAUGUUUUUGAGUCUAAUGAAGCUGAAGAUGAUGCUAUAUCACUGACUGCAAACUUGCGGCAACUGAGCUUACACAACGAUGAUGGGGUGGUUCAAUCUGAAGAAGAUAAUCCUGCUGUUGUGAUUCCGGAUCACUUGCAAGUUCAUACUCAGGAUUGUGCACACUUGAGCUUUGGAAGUUUUGGAUCUGGUAUCAGUUCUGCAUUUUCUGGUCCUUUUGCCCCGAUGACAAUGAAAAAUGACUCGGAGGAGACAACUGAAGCACCAGAUGCCUCAUCAUUGGGACACUCAGACACUCGAAACCCCGAGUAUUAUGGAGAUGAACAUCUCAGAAAUAACCCAGAUGAAGAUUUUGUUCAUAGAGCUGGUGUCAGUGCUGGUAAUUACGAUUCUCCUUCAGUUUCACAGCCAGAGGUGUUGAAACAAGAAACCACUGAAUCCACUGAAGCUCCUCAGGGGAAUCAGUAUGCAUUUCCUUCCUCUUCGCCUAAUUAUACUUAUGAAAACACUCAGCAGUUGAAUGCCGCAUUUAAUCACCAACAGAUGAGCUUGCAGAUUCAGAAUCUCACUCCUUUCUCUAAUAUGAUGCAGGCGUAUACAAAUUCAUUACCCAGCACUUUGUUGGCUUCAAAUGUUCAAACUGGGAGGGAGUCUGAUCUUCCGUACUCACCCUUCCCUGUGAUGCAACCAACGUCCACCAAGUACAACACAGCAUCCUCCAUCAGUGGUCCAAGCAUUUCAAUGUCUGAGGCUCUUAGACAAGGUGGUAUCUCAACACCUCAGCCAACUCCACAGACCCUGCCUGGUGCAAGUGUUGCCACAGGACCUGGUCUUCCACAGCACCUUGCCAUGCACCCGUAUUCUCAACAUAAUCUUCCUUUGGGACCUUUUGCCAAUAUGAUUGGUUAUCCUUUCUUGCCUCAGAGUUACCCGUACAUGCCCUCUGCAUUCCAGCAAGCAUUUGCUGGUAAUAGUACCUACCAUCAGUCUUUGGCGGCAAUGCUCCCGCAAUAUAAAAAUAAUGUUUCUGUAAGUAGCUUGCCUCAGACCCCUGCCAUCCCCUCUGGCUAUGGAUUUGGAAGUUCAACCAGCAUUCCUGGAGGCAACUUUCCUCUGAAUCCACCCACUGCUCCUGCAGGAACAGCCAUAGGCUAUGAUGAUGUUUUGAGUUCGCAGUACAAGGAUGGCAAUCAUCUGAUCUCACUUCAACAGAAUGAUAACUCGGGUAUGUGGGUUCACGGGCCUGGUUCACGAGCAAUGUCUGCUGUCCCUGGAAGCACAUAUUACAGUUUCCAGGGACAGAAUCAGCAGCCUGGUGGUUUCCAGGGACAGAAUCAGCAGCCUGGUGGGUUCCGGCAAGGUCAGCAGCCAUCGCAGCAUUUUGGUGCUCUUGGAUACCCAAAUUUCUACCAGUCUCAGACGGGUAUCUCACUGGAGCAGCAGCAAAACACUAGAGAUGGUUCUCUUGGUGGUUCUCAAGGCCAACAGCCUAAACAGACCCAACAGUUAUGGCAGAAUAGCUACUAACUUCGUCUCCUCCUGGUUUUUCAGGGUCAUGUAGUGAGUUUGAAAGUGGCCAAUCAAAGCGCUUCCCCGUGGUUGAAUAAUUUAUCCAAUGUUUACCGGUCUAAAGAGACCUUGUGGCUGGCUACUGCUGCCCUGUGCCAUGAGGGUUUGUAUUCUACAUAUUUAUUUGCCUGGUUAUGUAAUGUAGGAACACGCGUGUGCUAGUUUGGGUUAGUGGACUCUGGUUUAUCCUUACGAACCUUACCAACCCCCCUUACACCGAACUCUUAUUUUGCUCACUUUUUUCUUUUUAUUUCAAGCCCCUUGUAAUUUGCUUUGAUUUACUUGACUACAUUACAUAAUCCAACUAAUUUCUGUUUCAACCAACAA